UCGUAGAAACAUUGAUUUCUCAGUCAUUUUCCAAAUGCGUGUAUCUCGUAUUUAUUUAUCUUGAAUCUAAACAUCCGAGAAUAUUACAGAUUGUUUCAUUUCGAUGAGCUACGAAACAUUUAUCGACGACGAUAUAAUAAAAAAAUUAAAAAUUUGAUGUGAGCGUAUUUCUUGUCUGCUAUAAUCGCGAUUAAAUUGCCACCCAAAUCGUGCUAUGAAAUGUUCGCUUCAUCGUUGAUGAACGAGUUAUUGUGAGUUUUGUGUGUUCACUUCUAUUCUCGCAUCUAGAUGACAAACAUCCAAUCAAGCAAAAAGGAAAAGAAUGUGAAUGCGUGAAAAAUUUCAAUUCGAAUGAAAAACAUAACAUAAAUCAACGGGUUCAAUGGAUCUGAAACGCCAAAUACUAAAUCGAUUAGUAAAUUCAAAGUGUUAAUCAAAAGUAACGUUAAAUGCAAGUGCUCGCCCAUAUAUUGAAUAAAGAAAAACAAAUCAAAAUUUCGUUGAAAAAAAGAAGCGAGAAAAAUAUACAACAGCAGUAGCGGCAGUAAAAACGGCUAACUGAAAAAUCAACAAACACAUAAUAUCCCGUAGAAAAGUGAGUGCGAGAAUUCUAAUUCAUUCUCGAGUGUUGUGAAGAGAGAUUGAACAAGAAAAAGAAGAAAGGUACGACUAUGUGUCGAUAAAACACAAAAAAAUUAGUGAUUUAUGGUGGAAAAAUUACCGAAAUCAACAAUAACAAAUGUAAAAACCAUCGACCUAAUCAAAUAUUUUUUUUGUUCCCGAAAAAGUUCAAUGUGUCAUAAUAGUCCAAAGAAAUUGCAGAAUACAUAAAAUCAAAUUGAAAAAGCAAAAAUUUCUGACAAACCGAAAACAAAUACACUGUGAAAAAAUACGCACACCGAAAAAAACAGCAAAAAUUUUGUUGCUCCAUUCAACAACGUCGCUUAGCUAGCAUUCUAAGAAAUCCCAAGUUCAAGUCCCCACAAAAGUACAAGAAAUUAUUGCAAAUAAACGUUUCCCAUUACCAUUUUGCUUGCCGAACAUCACAGCAAAUAAAUCAAAAUCAAAUUAAAUUUACCAGUAUAAGCGCCAUUCAUUUGCGACAGAGAGAAAGAGAAAGAGUGAAAGAACAAAAAACCAACCAUCAUUCGAAAUAUCCACAUCACAUUUAUUCGUUAUCGAAUAGCACAAGCUCAGCGCAAAUCAAUUUAUAUAUUUUAUAAAUGCGACGGCGCACAUUUUUAUAUAUAUAUUGAAUUGAUCAACGAUUAAUAACACGAAAAGUUUGUUGAUCUUUCUUUUUUUGUUCAAUUCGUGAUUGCAUAAAAAUCAAACACACAAAAAAAACGGGGCCACAAAUUUGUUUGUGACGAGCGAAAAAAAAAGAAUUUUUGGUCAGAAAAAUAACCACUGAAAACAAAACAAAACGAAGAAUAAAUUCGAAAUAGUCGACAUCAGCGACAAAUUGUGUGCGGGCUUCAUUUUUCUUUCGGUUCAAUAUAAAAUGCAAUUAAUUGGUUGUUUCUAUGCAAUAUACAGUGUAUGAGUGAUUACAAUUUUUUUUGUUUAAAUCUGCGAAGAAGUGAAUGUUUAAUCUAAUUGUCGAUAUAUAACGUAUUACUUACGACGCUCUCAAUCUGCAGAGCAUUAUGAUAAAAACGAAUUGAUUGUGUAUAUGUAUAAAUUUGCGUGUAUGUUAAAAAAAAGUUUUUUAGAGCAAAAAAAAAAACAUCUACGCUCAGACACAGAUCAAAUAAACAAAACAAAAAAAAGUUUUAAUAUUGAUACGUGCAUUUGAUGUGGAAAAGGAAAAAGAGAAUUUAUGAUUUCUGGAUGAAAAAAAAUAAGUAUUUGAAUUGAAAAAAGAAUUGAAGAAAACAAAGGAGUAAUAAAUAAAGAAUUAAGAGAAAGGAAGAAAAAAAAUAUCAAUUGAUAAACCAAAAAAGAAGAGAAAAUAAAGUGUGCGAACCAGUUGAGAUUAACUGAUUGAACAAAUAGUUAAUUUUAUUUUCGAUUUGCUAUUGAAUAACUUUGAAUUGUAUUCAAGACAAUUGCGUAAAUAAUCGGUCAACGGCAGAAAGACGACAAGCAGAAAUAACGGCAACCGCAAACAUGGAUAUCUUACCGAGUGGAAACAUUUUUCGUGAAUUGCAAGACAUACACGACACCGGAUACUUUUCAUCACAAGUGUCGAUCGAAGAUCAAUGGCAACAGACAUGCUAUGAAAUGGAACGAUAUUUAAAAGAUGAACCAAAAUUGCAAUCGUAUAAAAAACUACCAACAGAUUUGGAUUCGGCUUGGGAUUUAUUUGCGACACCCGCUAGAAUUCUGGAAGAGUUGAAUUAUCAUGAGCACAAUUUGGAUUCGUUGUCAACGAGUUCAAUGUCAUCAGCGUGUUCAGGUGUAUCAUGGGACAGUGCAUUAAGUUGUGCGGUCGUUGUGAAAAAAGAAAAAAUCGAUGAAGAUGAAGAAAAUUCCGAUAGCUGUGAAGAAAAAUUAGAAAAUAAUUUUUGUGAAAUUCCCAUUCAAAUAAAAACCGAAAUUAAAACAGAGAAUGCAAUUGAAUUGCGACUGCUGGCUCGUGCCACAACAACAACCAAUACCGCCAAUCAUACCACAGCCGUUUCGGCCGAUCAAAAUGAAUUGCUACCAACGCUGACGCCACCAUCGUCACCCGAAUCGACAACGAUACGACCCACCACCGAGGCUGAAUUGGCAUUGCUUAGUCAUCAGGGUUUGUUUAAAGUCACCACGGCAACUACAGCGGCUGGUGCACCAACAACAAACGGUACAAAUCAUCAUCAACAUCAUCAUCAUAAUCAUCAUCAUCAGCUCCCAAGAAGUGCCAUCGUAAGACUCACGACGGCUGGUGGCAAAAAUGCGGUCAGCGUCACUCGUUUCAUUCAAGUCAAUCCAAAUAUUCCAGCAGCAGUCGCUACUCAACAACACCAACAACAACAGCAACAACAACAAAAAACACAAGCACAACGAACAAAAACAACAUCAAUCAACAACACACCAUCACCAGUUUCAGUUACGACAACAACAACAGCACAAACAAAACAGAAUCACCAAAGACAACAUGAUCACAGUCCCGAUUCAAAGCGCCGGAUACACAAAUGUCAAUUUCUCGGAUGCAAAAAAGUCUACACAAAGAGUUCACAUUUAAAAGCCCAUCAGCGAACACACACAGGUGAAAAGCCAUACAAGUGUUCGUGGGAAGGUUGUGAAUGGAGAUUUGCGCGUAGCGACGAGCUGACCCGUCAUUAUCGAAAACAUACCGGUGCUAAACCAUUCAAAUGUCGUCAUUGUGAUCGUUGCUUUUCACGUUCCGAUCACUUGGCAUUGCAUAUGAAGCGUCAUGUCUAAGUAAAAACGGAAAAUAAUCAACAGAACGCGCGAACAUCUUGAGAAGGAGCUAAAUAAGAACAAAAAACAAACAAACGAAAUGAUGAAGAAAUAAAUCCAAAAAUAGGAUAAACACGCAUUUUUGUAGAAAAUCCACAAGUAGAAAGAAAGUAAAAUAACGAUGGACAUUUUGUUGUUGUUAGUAAGAGCUAAUUGAUGAAAAAGAAUAGAUUAUUUAAACAUAAUGUGGUUAAUUUUUGCGUAUAUAGUUAGUAGGAAGUAUCAUCUAUGACAUUCGCACUAAAAAAAAGAAGAAGAAAUGAAGAAGCCGCAUAGAAUGGCAAUAAGAUAUAGCUAGUUAAUCAGCAUAAAAUCAAACGAGUGAAUGCUGCACUACGUUUGUAACGAUAUAUGUAUAUGUAACGAUAACAAAUCCAUACACACACAAAACAUUUCAAAAAGAAUGUUUUACUUAUAAAAAGCCGUAGCAAUGUAGAAGCAGCAGCUGCAAAAGAUAAAAAAAAUUUUUUUUCGAUAAUAAGUAAACCGACAAACACAAACACACACUAUUCUCUCUUUACGUAUAAUAUAUAGAUAAUAUUGAUUUUAUUUGUCCUUUAAUACUUAUUUUCCCUCACAUUUUUUAUAUAUGUUUAAUAGAUAAGAGAAGAGAAAAAAAAUAGAAAACGGUAUAACCAAACAAAAAAAAAGAGAAAUUUUAGUAAGAGAAAAAAAGCAUCUCGCCGAAAAUUUUUGUAUUAUAUAUGAAGGGAAUGACAAAAAUAUUUGAAUGCGCUCAUCGACCACUGUCAAUUUUUCCAAGGGCAAAUCAUAUUCAGACACACUAAAAAACACACCGAAAAUAUUGUUUCCAUUACGGAAAGUUAGUCUAAUGACUUUGCUUUUUGAAAAUGGAUCUAAUACCAUAUAGUAAAUGUUUUUUUUGAUCCUGUUUUUGUUUGUCUGAAUGUUAUAAAUACGACUUUUGAUGAUGGUUGAACAUAGAAUGAAAAUCAAUUCAUUCAACGAUGAUUAAAUAGUGAAAAUUCAUAGGAUUUUUUUAACCUAUACACAUUAAAGAAUAUCAGGCCAAAACGAAUUUGAGCGUCACGCAUAUACAGUGAAGUUCUAUGUUUGAAGUGAACUGAACAAAACAAGACUCCGUACUCAUUCGAAAACCAUCAUCAUUCUAGCUCAAUUGAUAAUGGUCACUGGUGGAAUACGCAUUAACAAAUAAAAAAUUCUUCUUUGUUAAGCUUAAAAAUAUUAAUUCAACGAUAAGUAAAAGUAAGCCAAAAAAAACAUAGACAAAAAACAGUACAUAGAUUAGAUAAAAUCAAAAUACUAAAGCAGAGAAGAAAUGAGGACAAAGCGAACGAAAUUCAUUAUCAUUGAAGAAUUCCCCUUCGCCAUGAAGUGCAAUCCAACUCAAUUUUUUUCAGAAAAAAAUCAUUUAACCCUUUGUACACAGCACACUACAAACUUAUUGUUUUUACUUCCCUGCUCGUUCAUCACACAUACACAUUCACAAUAUAUUUCUUUCUUUGUUCAUUGAAAACUUUAAGUUUUUUUCCUUCCUGAUGUAAUAAGUAAUUCAAUUUAAUUUUAAGUAAAUUUUAUGUAUGUAAGUGCAAGAGUAAUAAGUCCGAUUUGAUUGUAAAUGUGCAUGUAGUCUCUAAACACAUGAUAUAAGAGCUUCCGUUUGUUUUUGGUUAUUUUAUUAUUUUUUUUCGUUUAAUUUUAUAUAAAUUUAUUUGGACAUGUUCUCCAUUGAAAUCGAUGUUUGCGGCUGAAACAUUUCAACAUUCAUAAAAAAAAUAUUAAAGCUAGCCGAGCACUUUUGACAAGUGUGCGUCCUUAAAUUUUGAUAUGUGGUUAAAAUGAACCGUUUGAGGAGAAUGAAAAAGUGCAGUUCUUUUGCCAUGUUCGUGCUAUUCGUUUUUUUAGUUAAUAUGUAUUGAAAUUAAAUGCGUAUUUGCAAUCAGCUUAAUUUAUCCACAAUAAAAUCAACUCUCACACAUACUAAGUUCGUCGAUCAAUGUGAGAGAUUUUUGUUUGAUAUGUAGGUUUUAUGCACACAAAAAAAAAAUUGAGAGGUGGAAAAAACUAAAUCAAAAUUCGUUAUUCAAAUGUAAUUAGAGAAAAUGAUGAAGACCGACAAGGUUAGGUGGGCCCGCUCAAAACGCAAUGUAGAAUAGAAUAAGAUGAAUUGAAUGAAAUUAGUAAAAACGAGAGAAGAGCAAAAAAAACUUCGGAGAGAAAACAUCUUCAAGUAAAUAAAGCAAAGGAAAGAAAAAAGUGAGCGGGAGAAAAAGAGAGAGAGAGAGAUAGUUUAAGACCAUCAAUUGAAGCUACCAAGCUGAUUUCAAUGAAUAAAAUACACAUCACUGCCACAAUAUACAAUGAAUUUUACCACUUUUGUGGUGGAUUCACUAACCCGUAUUACUUGUUUUCUCUCUCUUUUUCUUUCUUUCUAUAUAACUUUCCUUAUGUAUGUGAACCAAAUCAAAGUUGAUUUUAGUUCUAUUCUUAAACAACGACAGAAUUGAAUGAGAAAUAAUUUGGCGUUUCUGAUGAUAUUCAACUUCCGUUCUCAAACGUGUGCGCAUGAGAUUAUCUUUUUUUCUCAUUAAUGAAUCUAAUAUACCGAAGCAACUGAACUAAUCGAACUGCAAAAUUAUAAUAGUACAUUCGAAAAUGGAGAAAAUUGUUUUUUUUUUAAUAUUUUAGCCAAAUAUUGAUGAUUUUAGAAAUUAGGUGAAUUUAACGAUGAUCAUUUUCGUUUUUCUAUAUUGUUAAUUACUACCAUAUAUCAGAAUUUCGCCUUUCUCUUUUGCUUGUAUAUCGUUCACACGUUCGAUUUGGGUUAACAUAUGAGUAAAAAGUCUUUGCACUAAAUUCAGAUGUUCGCCAUUCAAACAACAAACACACAAUAUUAAAUUCUAUUUUAUUGGUAUAAACCUUUAUUCAUAGGCUAUCGAAUAGCACAUUCACUUUACACUGAA